UUCUGGAACUCCCGGCUCCGUUCGAUCUUCCUCUGCUCGUUCUUUUCUCCCUUCAUCACUCCCUUUCACGCUUCCCGCUCCAUAGCAUAUCCACAGCAGAAACGAGGCUAGCUCUAAUGUCUCUGGUCGUCGGCGCGGCCACACUUCCACGUCCUCGAUGCCCUAAAACUGACUUACCUUUCUCCUCAACCAUUAAAGACCUUUGCCCCGCUCAAUCGCGAGGCUCACCUCUCUUCCCCUCCGGCCGAUUACUACCUCGUCUCUUCUACUCCACUCGCCGAACUCCUCGACAGCUCACCGUCUCCGCUGCUGCUGCUUCCGCUGAGAAGGAGGAGAAGGUUCAAUUCCCCAUCACGGUCACGGAGGCAAAAAAGCCAUAUUCGAGUAUUCAAUUAAGCAUAGAAGUUCCUCCAACCAUCUGCAAGCAGAGUUACAACAAGGUUUUACAUGAAAUUUCUAAGCAAGCAAAGGUUCCUGGGUUUCGUCCUGGGAAGAAAGUUCCAGAGAACAUAUUGAUAAAUUACGUGGGCAGGCAUAAUAUGCAGCAUGCUGUAAUUGAAGCAAUUUUGAAGAAAACACUUCCACAAGCGAUGAAAUCGGUGGAAGGAAGGGCUUUGAAGGAUUCUGUUCGAAUUGCGACUAAUUUUGCGGAGAUGUAUGAUACCUUUUCCCCGGAAGAUUAUUUCAGCGGCUACAUCACUUGGGAGAUGCAGCUUGCACAGUAACAGCUGCUUCAGUGGUGCCAUGCCAUAGCUGCAC